GCCCGCACUGCGCACAGCCCCGCCGUGCCCGUAAACUAACCUAUCCUGUAUAAAAUUUUUUAAACUUUACAAAUAUAUAAGUUUAGUUAGCAGACUCGUUCCGGAACUUACUACUGCCUGGUCGCAUUACAUUACAGGACGGACAAACCGAGAAUAAUGAACAUAGUAUAUGCUUACAACAAAAAAAAAAUGGUUAUCAUGACGAAAAAAGUCAAAGGUAUGUCGGCGACUCGUGAUAGCCAUUAAAAUGGCUGCCUGUAGUCGCGUAUUGACAUAAACUGCAGCUCAGCUUGAUGUGGGCGGAAUUCAAACUGUUAAGGACGGCAGGAUACCGGGUGUUGGGCACUCUUUCUCUCCGCGUGAACAAAAUUAUCCUAGGAUUGCAGGCUUCCGACGUCUAGGAGGAGCUUACAGGUUUUUUAAAGUUAAGAUCUGAUAAUAAACUUGUCAUUGGAAAAGACGUGUACAAUGGAAAAAAAUGGUCCUUGGUAACGCAUGCAAUUUGGGAAAAGUGGUGCUAUCCCGGCAGCGGUAAGAAUUCAAAGAGGUUAAGGACAUGCGGUCGCUGCUGUUUGCCGAAAAACACCGAUAACUCACGAACGUACGGCGAGCGUGUAUUUUGACUUUUGUGACUAAAUUUUUUCCUUUUCGAUUUCGACUUUCGUUUCUGUUUAGAUUUUUGUUCGUUCUGUUGGCCGUUUGCUCCGACCGCCGCCAGUGGUCUCUGAAUAUUGUUGAUGUUUCUAUGAUUUUAUUCGCAUCACAUUAGUGUAAUUACAGAUAAUAGAAAAAACAACACCGAAUCAUCGCGCGGACGACUCAGCGCGCCCGUCCGAUUUUUUUUUGGACACCGCUGGCCAACGCAGGCAACGGCAAUCCGUCGUGUACCGCACAGUUUGAAUAAACCGAUCGAUCGUCACAUACAGUCGGAGAAAUGGAGAAGAACGACAAGAAAAACAACGAUUGUUAUUUUUUCUUUUAUUCAACGUGUAUGAAGGGAGACAAAUGUCCGUUUCGUCACGAACCCCUAGCGUUAGGAUGCGAGAUGGUUUGCAGUUAUUGGCAGAGCGGAAAAUGUGAAAACGAUCAUUGCGCGCUACGCCACAUGGAAUUAAAAAAAAAUAGAAAAGCUAUACAGUGUUAUUGGGAAAAACAGCCGACGGGAUGUCGUAAGCCAUUCUGCGCAUUUAUGCAUACCAAGCCUCGCGAGACUACUGAAGAUCCAGGCGCCAUGGCAAUUGCGGCAAACACCAUGGCCAUUGAAAAAAGUUUUCGUAUGAAUCCGUUGGCCGGUGUUGCGUUGAGCGUAGGCCCUGAAGCAGCUAUGCGGCCCCGUUAUGAUCAGCCAUUAAGAAUGAAUUGACAACCAAUGAAUGCAAGUUCGGCACCGUCUGUGUAUAGCAAUUCUGUCGUCUCACUGCCAUAUAUAUUCAGUAAUAAUAGUAAUAAUAAUACGUCUUCUGCUACCGUGUUUCUCGAUCGUAGAAACUUCAACGGCUCCAUGUAAAUUUCAACAAAAAACCAACUAAAUAUUUUUUUUUUCCCCAAGAAGAUAUUUUUUGUUUGAAAUUAAUUUCAGUUUCCAUUCAUCGAGCUAUUAAGUUAAAAAAAAAACUCGGUAUUUAAUUAAUUUUCAUUCAACACCAAAUUCUAAUUGGCCGAAGCUUGUUUUUCUUUAUUUUCAUUAACAAAUGUUAUUUUUUUUUAUUAUUAUUUUAUAAAACUUUGUUAUUAUUUUUUAAAGUCUUAUUUAUUUAAGUUUUUGGACAUGUAUUAAUAUGAGCAUUUUGUUUUAAGUAUAUUUAUCUGUGCACGAUUGUUAAAUUUAAAAAAAAACAAAAAACGUGUGUUGUGCACAUAUUUUCUACGUUUGAUCAGCUCAAUUUUUAUUAAUCUGUUUGUAUCGCAAAUGUGCUUUAAGGAAAAACAAUAAACUAAUGCUUUUCGUUUUUGACCUUAACCAUUUUUACAUUAUAAACUAUAAAUAGACAUAUGUUAGAUUGUUAUUUUUCUUUUAUUUAUUACUUUAUGUUUGUAAUAAAAAUAUAUGUGACUAAAUUGAUAUGCAUGUUUAAUAUAAUAACAUUUAUAUAUUGCUAUUAUUCAAAGAGUAUAUUUUAGAUGUGGCUAGUCAAAGCACACAUAAACUAAUCAGUAUGAAAGAAAUAAUUACCAGUAAUACAAGUUGUUAUUUGAACAGUU